ACUUCCUCAGAACCUUCUGGCUCGGUCUUCCCAGCCUUCAUCUCCUGAUGAUCCAAGGUUGGAGAGAAGUCUCACCUGUUCAGGUUCGGGUCUCAGGCUCGCGAGGAACCCAGAGAAACCGCGAACAGGGGGUUACUCCAGAGAGCAGGUUAUGCUAGUUACCACGGAAACGUCUUGGAGCUGGAAGCGGGCGGGGGGUGGAGCCUGCGACGUAGCAGCUCUGACGUCAUCCAGCCGCGCCGCGUUUGAGAACGUGGGUAAAGUUUUAGCUGGCGUGCACGUGAAAAGCCCGCUAGCAUGGCUUCGUCUCAGCAGCCGGAGGUCCAGCUGGCCCAAAGACUGGCCUCCAACGAGAAACCCGUCCGGACCAGAGCUCUGCGCAAACUCAAGAAGUACAUCAGCGCGCGCGAGGGCGCCGCAGGUGGAUUCUCCGCUGAGGAGCUGCUGAAGCUCUGGAAGGGUCUCUUCUACUGCCUGUGGAUGCAGGACAAGCCUCUGCUGCAGGAGGAGCUGUCCUCGCAGAUCUCCAACCUCGUCCACAGCUUCCCCCACACCGACAAGCAGCUUCUGUUCUUCCAGAGCUUCCUGCAGACCAUGAAGCGGGAGUGGACCGGCAUUGAUCGCCUGCGGAUGGACAAGUUCUUCCAGUUGAUCCGCUUCAUGUUCAGACAGACCUUUGAGGUUCUGAAGAGGAACUCCUGGGACAGCAGGGCGGUGACCGGGUUCCUGGAGCUGCUGGGCUCUCAGCUGCUGCAGAGCGACAGCGAAACCCCUGCUGGACUCCAGCUCCAUAUUCUGGAGCUGUACCUGACCGAGCUGGCCGCCGUGGGUUCUGCAGAGCUCACUGCUGAACAGAACCUGACCUUCAUCGACCCCUUCUGCAGAACCGUGGCCAAAACCAAGAAUCAGAUGCUCUUCAGCGCCAUCUGCAGGAGCAUCUUCAGCACAAUCAUCGACCAGGCUCCCUUCGCCCUGGAGGACCUGAUGAGGGAGGUGGGGCAAGCGGAGGAGUCUGACCCCGAGGACAGCGAGGGGGGGCCAAAAACCCAGAGAGGGGGUGAUCAAGGAAAACUAGUCAAUGGCAAAGACUCCAGUGAGGAAGAGGAGGAGGAUCUUCUUCCUUUGGACCUGGAGUCCCAGCUUUCAGGUGAUGAGGACAUUGGACCAGUCUUACAGUUCGAUUACGCCGCUGUUGCAGACCGGCUCCUGGCGCUGGCGGGUCGGGGCAGCACGCCAGGUCAGAACCGACGAAAACUCUACAGAAUCGUUAAAGUGCUGAAGGACCUCAGUGAAGGCGUGUUUCCUCAGGACGAGUAUCCGGAGGAGGUCUCCACGGACGAAGACGACGACAUGUUCGGCAGCAGGAAGAGGAUGAAGAGGGCGGCUCGCCUGGGCCGUGGUGAGGAAGAGCCGGCAGCAGGACAGAAGAAGGCUUCCAAGUCAGGAAGCGACGUCACCAAGCAGCAAAACCAGAACAAUGAACCAGCAGAGGCAGCGGUGAAGAAGAAGAAGAAGAAGAAGAGGAAGAAGGAAGUUCUUGGAGAUGAAGUGAACUCUGAAGACCAAACUGCAGCUGACGUGAAGAUGGCAGAAGAGCGUUUGCAGAGAGCCUCGGAUCCAUCAGAGGGUCCAGAAGAAACCCCAGAGCUAAAGGCUGCAGAGGAAGAGCUCAGCACUGCCGUGCAGAAAGACCAACCAAAGAGGAAGAAGAGCACCAAAGCGGAGCUCCAAGAGCUUCAGGAGCUUCAGCAGACCUCGGCUCCAGCUGAAACAGAGAACCGCGGUUCCUUAAUGAAGAAGAAGAGGAGGAGGAGGAGGAAAAGCAAGGUUCUGGGGGUCGAAGCAGAGGAAGCCUCAGAACCUCCCGAGUCCAAAGAUGAAGCUCCUGCUGAGAUCACAAACAAGGCCAAGAAGAUGAAGGCCCCAGCUGGGCCUCCAGUCAACGGCUCGCCGGCUUCUGUCAAAGCGGAGGCUGAAGGCGGCGUGGAGUCAAGCGUGGUCGUUCCAAAGAGGAGAAAGGUCUCAUCCAUCAGGAUGAAGAAAAGUCCAAGGGCCGAAGAAGCGGACCAGCAGAAGACCGGAGGUCCUGAAGUCUCUGCUGGAGCGUUACAGCAGCCAGAGGCCACAGGAGACGAGCAGAAGUCUGGUGCCGACGUGGACCCGAAACCCCUAGAGUCUCCAGAACCAGGACCCGUCUCACCUCUGAAGAAGAGGAAGAAGAGGAAACUGUCAGCAGCUGAGCAGGCCAGAGGAAAUGCAGAAAGCCUGCAAGCUGGCGAAGAGAAAACACCUGAGGUUACCGUGGCAACAGCAGCAAAGAAGAAAAAGAUGAACGGACCCCAGAGUCAGAUCUCAGAGGAAACCCGUCUGACAACUGAGCUGCCAUCGGUUGACUGCCAGGAGAAAGUGAAGAAGAGGAGGAGGAAGAAGAUCCCCGUGGAGUUUGAGUUUGAGGCGGAUGAGCUGAAGGAGGCGGCAGAAGGAAAGAUGGACGCCAAGAAACCCCAGCAGGUCAAGAAGAAACCCACCCCCAGAUCUGAGCUGAAGAAGGUGACCUUCGGCCUGAAGAACAACCAGACGGCUGAGUUCAGGAAGAGCGACCGCAGCCUGCUCCUGAGUCCAGAGGGGUCAUCUCGAGUGCCGUUUGACCCGGAGCAGAAACCAAAGUUUGGCGUUUUAAAGACUCCUCCCACCACGCCGAUAACCGGCAAGAAGCGUUCAAAGACCAAGACCUCCAAGACAGCGAAGGGCCCGGGGAAACGCCGGCCCCUGGCGUCAGACUUCUUCUGACAGAACAAGAAAGUGGACGAUUCUCUGUGACGUUUGAAAGGACACCUGAACUCACCUGUUGGUUUUUGAGAGAUUCUGUUUUAAUAAAGUUCCUCCUCCUGUUUUCACGCUUUUACAUCA